UGACAGCUGUCGUUUGUGACAUAAUCGCAAACAACAAAAUCCAAAACAAAAGAAACGAACUCAUGGUUAGCGGCAGUGAAAAGACUGUUAUUUUCCUCCUUUAGCUCGUAAUGCACGAUAUAGGGAUGGCUUUAAUUCUAUUACGAAGGAUUCGCAUCACACCGGCCCCUUUCCUUGGCCUGCAACAUUGCCAACGGUGCUUCAGUGCUCGCUUAUCAGAAAAUGUUAGCAACGACAAUGGCACAGAACAGUCGAAUCCCGCCAACAACAAUACCGAACGACUCAUUAAAGUGGCCAUCAUUGGACUGCCAAAUGCCGGUAAAAGCACCCUUAUAAAUCGAUUAAUAGAUCAUCGGGUUUGCCCAGUUUCAGCAAAGGUUCAUACGACGAGAAAGGCAUCGAAAGCGAUUCAUAGCAAGUCCAAUUCGCAGGCAAUUCUUUUCGACACACCGGGGCUAGUAGGGAACCGAGAAAUCAAAAAGCAUCAGUUGGACACCCAUUUUGUAUCGGCAUGCCGGCAUGCGAUUCAGCACUCGAGCUUAAUUGGUGUCGUGCACGAUGUUUCAAACUCAUGGACACGCCAUGCACUCAACCCGGUGCUGUUGCGUGUACUUGAAGAGUACGCUCACAUACCGAGCUUCUUGAUAUUGAACAAAAUCGAUACGUUGAAAUCGAAGCGCAUCCUGCUGGACAUCGUACGGAACUUGACGUGCGAUCAGAUGGAAAACAUUCGAAACUAUGGACCACUUGUUAGACGGCGGAAGAAUAAGGUGGAUUCGCAGGUGAAAAAAUCCAACGCUGUUAUGGAUGAUAAGGAUUCAAUCACCCCCAAACCACCAACACCGGUGGAAGGAUGGCCAAAUUUUACGGAAAUAUUUAUGGUCUCCGCAAUGAGCGGUGAUGGGUUGCGUGAGGUGAUGUCUUUUAUACACGCCAAUUCGAAGCAACAACCGUGGGAACAUCUGCCGGACGAACACACGGAUCUAACGCCCGAACAGCUGAUCGUACAGAGCGUCCGUGCACGGUUGCUCGAUUUCAUGCCCCAGGAGAUACCGUACCUGCUGCAGACGGAGCUCGAGUACUAUGAGGUGGUGGGUGGUAAAAUACUAACCAGCGCCAUCGUAACCUGCCCCAAUGACCGGAUAGCCCGGUUAGUGUGUGGUGAAUCGAAUGGGAAGCUGCGUCAAAUCAACGAACAGGUAACGUCGGAUCUGAUUGAAACAUUCGGCAUGCCCGUUUUACUUACGAUUACGACGCAAGUUCGCAGUAAAGAGCCAAAGUCAUAAACCGAGCAGAGGGUAGUUUAUGUUUGUGAUGUGGUUUGCUUUGCUUUGCGGUUUAGUUAGCUCACGGAGCAUCAUUUGUAGGGUUGAAGUGACAAAGUGUGGUCGGUAAUGAUGGACGAGGGUUUCCUGAAAGUUUUAAGUCCAUUUAAAUGAGCUAUCCAUUGAACUGUGAAACAACAUUGUGGCACAAUUUUGUGUUCCGCUUGCUUCGGACCUUUAAAGACUCAUUAGGAGGCAUUGCAUUAGUGAUUGUUCUCUCGCCGCAGUAACAAUAAAACACGUUCAAUAAAUGUAACGAGAUACGAUUCAACGGCUACACAACAGUGUGUGGCAUGUUACAACAUUUACGAUCAAAA